ACUUUUUCUUCAUCUAAUUGCACUGUACCGGAUACAAUAUUAGAAAAAAAAGGAAAGUACAUAACAACCAUUAAUGAUGAAACCGUUGCAGUAUAGAUGAAAAAAUGUAGUGGAGCAUUUCAGCAACAAUUCCUCAGCACGUAGAUUCGAGAACAUUCAUCUACAGACCUUGGCUUUUUUUCUUUUCUUUUCUUUUUUUCUAAGUAAGUGAUUCAUUUUCUCCUCACACGAAUGCUCCUCUCGCCUUGGGACCGUUGCUAGGGUCGUUGCUAGGGACGCCAGUAGUGUCUUGAAGGGUGGCGCUGAAGACACUACCAAUGUGCGUCGCUUUACUUUCAAUUUGAGGUGUUGGUGUUGCCUAGAUCCGUGCUGCCCAGACCCAUGCCCCUUGUGGCCCACAGCUGAAUGGAGAAGCGAGCCCUGCCACCGACGGGCCGCAGACAUAAGGGACGUGGAAGGUGACGCCACACGACAGAACAGCAGUGAGGGGCGAGUGUGUACUGCAGGAGGGAGCUCAGACCUCGUUCAUUACAUAGAGGUGCUCCUACACUAUCCAUCAAAAUGUCGAUCAAGCUGGAGGACAUGCUGACGGUGGUGAAGCCGCCACCCCAGGCCCUCGACCUCUUCCGCACCAAGAUAAAGUGUAAAGAGGACUUCGACAAGGCAUUCGAAAAAGUUCCGGAAUAUAAGAUACGGCCCGAGAAGGUGCGCCCAGACGACGUGAUGGGCGAGGGGCCUGGUGGGUGGCGGGCAACCCAUGACAGGACCGAAGACCUCCCCGAGCCUGCCUACGCGGAUCCCCUUCCCCCCUCCAUGCGGGGACUCAACAUGGACGAAUUCUACGAGGUUGACAUAGACUGGCGGAUGCUGACCACUGCCCGUCCAAAGAAUCGCUGCGAGGAGGAGAUAUUUUCCAGGUAUGUGGAAAUGGGUCGCUUGCAACUUCAGCGCCUGAGGGAGGAAGCUGAGAAGGUGGCGGAGGGCAAAGACUGGACGGGACGCAUAGUUAAGGUGGUGCCAGGUAGAGGGUCGCUUCCGGAGACUCGGCUGCCCACGUGUCGGGAAUGCGGUGAGGAACUGUGUGAGGGACUCUGCAAAGAUUACCUUUACAUGAACUACACUCGCGUCCAGACGGAGGAGAAGAAGGACGACGAUGAAUCAGGGCUGGACGUGGAUGACAUAGACAACACAAAGCAAAAGGGGAAAAAGAAAAGGAAGACUAAGAGAAGAAAAAAGAAAAAGAAAAAGGAAGUCGAUCACGCAGACGGCGACGCUGACGAUGAAGAGGAGUGAAUGAAAGACACACACACACUGAUGGAAUUGUUCAUGGACAUUACAAUUAAAACAAAAUGUGAAACGAACAUGUUGCUGUAAAAGAAAAGAUAAGAGAAGGAGGAGAGGAAGCGAAGGAGAUCCGUAAGCAGACAUAAGCUCAUAUUCAAUAUUUACAAAGUAUCAUCGAUGUUUGUCAGAGGUGUCGGACGGCUCAAAACAUAAAUAUUACCAGGAACUUUCCCAGCCAGGCGAGAUGCCGAGGUGUGCAGCAGGAGGCGAGUACGGUGUGGUGUGUUAGAACGCUAAGGGCAUGACUCUGCAGUGUUCGCUGUGAAAGAUGGAAAGAUGACCGUACGAAUAAAUACAUUGUUGACGCUCAUAAUAUUUCUCUUAUUUAAUCAGUGGAACCAUCUUUUGUCUCCAGUUAGGCACUCUGAGGUCCACCUGCAGACACACUGACUAAACGAGACGUGGGAGGCAGGAGGGGAAGUGCGGCGUGCGGCUUGUGGACUGUGAACACACCAGGCGGCCAUGCCCACGUUCUCGGGGAGAUGGAGGUGUUGGCACACAUGUUUGCCUGACCCCCUUGUUCAGAUUGCCCAACAGGGACUUAUACGACGCAUUUCUUCGCAUGUUUCUUUUCCUUUCUUUUUUGACUGCAUGUAAUUAUAUAAUUG